AUGUCAUUUGUAGCAGGAGGUGCAGACUGUUCUGUUAAUGGGAAUGUCUUGGCCCAAUUUAAUAAACAUACUCAACAAGAUAGAUCAUUACAAAGACAAACUGGUAACCAAGGACAAUUUACUAAUCAAGGUGGAUUCAAAAAUGAUAAUUUAAUGAACCAAAUGGAUAGACAAAACAUGGAGAAGUUCAUGAAUGGAGGUAAUUCAAGUUUCCAAUUUCAACCUAUGCAACAUGAGUUAAAUAUGAUCCAGAAUCAAAAUCAGAAUCAAAAUCAAAAACCUAUGAAUCAAUCCAAUAAUUGGUCCAGUGAAUUCCAAACCCAUUCCCCAUCCCCAGUAUCAGCUCAUCAAACCAUCAAUCAAGUUCAAAAUUCAAACUGGUCGUCAGAAUAUCAAACGAGUCCUCAAUUGGGUUCAAGUAAUGGUGUUAUGGAUAGAUCCAAUCAAUAUUCUAAUAUGCCCAUGAGAAUGAAUUACCGUCCUAUGAUGGGUAUGUCCAUGAUGAAUGGGGGUAUGCAAAAUGCCCAACAACAGCAACAACCAAAGGAAAUGACCCAAGAUCAACAAGUUGAUUGGGAUGAUCAAUUUAAACAAAUCGAAGAAUUAGCAUCUGAAGAGAAAGAAGUAGAAGAAAUUCAAAGAGAAGCUUCUCCUGAUAUAGUUAUUGAUGAUAAAUAUCAAGCCACUUUCCAAGAAGUUUGGGAUAAUUUAAAUAAUGAAGUUUUCGAAAAUGAUUUCAUUAAUCAGCAAUAUGAAGAUUUCAAAAGUACUCAAAGAGAAAACUUGCCUGCUGAUGUCGAACAAUGGGAAAGGGAUUUUGCCAAAUAUGCUUCUACAAGAGCUCACUUUGGUGAAUAUAAAUUCGAAGAUAAGGCCAAUAAUCAAUUUUUGGAUUUACCAAAAGAUCAAGAUCCUUAUGAAAUUGGUUUACAAUUGAUGGAAAAUGGUGCUAAAUUAUCCGAAGCCGCAUUAGCGUUCGAAGCUGCUAUCCAACAAAAUGAAAAUCAUGUUGAUGCAUGGUUGAAAUUAGGAGAAGUUCAAACUCAAAAUGAAAAAGAGUUUGCUGGUGUUUCAGCUUUAGAGAAAUGUUUGGAAUUAAAUCCUGAAAACUCUCAAGCUUUAAUGACUUUAGCUAUUUCUUAUAUUAAUGAAGGUUAUGAUAAUGCUGCUUUUGCUACUUUGGAAAGAUGGAUAUCCACUAAAUACCCCCAAAUCGUUGAUAAAGCAAGACAAGAAAACCCUGCUAUCUCUGAUGAAGAUAGAUUCUCAUUGAAUAAAAGAGUUACAGAAUUAUUUUUAAAAGCCGCUCAAAUAUCGCCCAAUCAAGCCAAUAUGGAUUCUGAUGUUCAAUUGGGUUUAGGGGUACUAUUCUAUGCUAAUGAAGAUUUCGAUAAAACCAUUGAUUGUUUUAAAGCUGCUUUAUCUAUAAGACCAGAAGACCCUGUUUUAUGGAAUAGAUUAGGAGCUUCCUUAGCAAAUUCCAAUAGAUCAGAAGAAGCUGUUGAUGCUUAUUUCAAGGCUUUGGAGUUGAAACCAACUUUUGUAAGAGCUAGAUAUAAUUUGGGAGUGUCGUGUAUUAAUAUUGGAUGUUAUAAAGAAGCUGCUGAACAUUUAUUAAGUGGUUUAUCAAUGCAUCAAGUGGAGGGUGAAAAUAUGACUUUAUCCCAUAAUCAAUCGACUGCCUUAACUGAAACAUUAAAGCGCUCGUUUAUUGCUAUGGAAAGAAGGGAUUUGUUGGAAUUGGUUAAACCUGGUAUGGAUUUGAAUCAAUUCAGAGGUGAAUUCAACUUCUAG